AUGGCUUCUGCUGCACGAGGAUUGACUUGGAGGAAGAAACUGUUAACAUUCUCAGUGGUGCUGCAGCUUGCGGCUGGCUUCGGUGGUCUUUUGGCUGCCUUCGGGACUGAACCUUCUAACGAAAAGCCCUCAUCCAACUUGCACGAGCGUAUCGACAUUUCAGAGAAAGAAGGAAACAUCUUGAUGAUAAACUCAAAUAUCGACGCAGAGCAAGCAUUCGACGGAGGCCUCAAGGCAGAGCCGAUCGCAGCGGCUUACCUAAGAGGAGCCGAUACAAAUGUUUCAUUGGGAUCUCUUAAAUCCGGCAUCACUGCCGAGCAGCGCGAGCUCAAUCAAGCAACUCCACCAACUGGAAUCUACUUCUAUGAGGAUAUUCUCCCAACUACGCGACAAGAUGAACUGAGCGAAGAACAAGUAGACCCGCGGACGUUCUCCGCCUUGUCCUCGUCAACAACAGACGAUGACUAUGACUCACCUAAUCGUCGCCUGGGUGGGCAGAUAGUGCAGAAGCUCAUGAGGCUAAAGGUGUACACCGGGCUUAAAAAGUACGCCAAGUAUGCAAACUACGCAGGAUACAAUACAUACGGAGCAGGCACUUACACCAACUAUGGAGGGUAUGGUGGCUACCCUGCUUAUCCAUACUCCACAGCAUCCGCAGCUUCCAACUACUCCGGAUACAAUGACUACGCUGGAUACAGUAACUAUACGGGGUAUAGUGUUCCCACACCUGAUGUUGCUGUGGGAUACAAGAAAUUCUCUAAGUACUCGGAAGAGCCUGGACAGAGGUAUCUUGCGAGCUUACUGAGCAAAAGCAGAACAAGCUGGUGGCUAUCGAAUAAGGUUUCUCGGCUAACUGAUAUCUUGGGAGGCGUCUGUUCCAGAGGCGUAGACCAGCCCAUAAUGCUCUCUAAUGGGUAUGAAUCAAAAGAGGCAACGUUCCUAGCUGUUCUUCAGAACAGAGAACGGUUCGUUGACUUGCUUGCGCAGGAGCUGUCGAAUCAAAUACCCGUAAGGUGGAUCGGUCGAAUGUAUUCCGAACUUCAGGGCCAAUUUUCAGCAGUUGAUUCUUUGGACAGGGACUUUGCAAUUGCGAAGAUGGCUCCACCGGGCGAAGCACUGUCAAGCUUUCGCCACAGUCUGCGUCUCGACAUACCGAUUGACUUGUAUGAGUUUACAGGUAUGGGGACCUACGUGCAAGCCCCCGACGGCCAAGUGUUCCUUAACGCAAUCUCCCGCCGACCCCUGAUACGGGCCACUGCGGACACUGUUAUUGCCAGUUGUUCAAAGGGAAAGAAAGGAUACAAAGCAUUGCUUAGCAUGUCUCAGCAAGCAGUGAGAGUCGUUGCGAACCUCAAUUGCAUCAUGAUGGUGCACACCAACAUUAAUCCCAGUUCGUUCCUCAUCACAGAGAAGGGUCUUGUCUUCCUUGGAGGUCUUUUCCAAGCGGUGCCACAAGGGACAUAUUUGGUUCAGUCAUAUCAGUUCACAGGUGGUUCCUCUCCCGUCUUUGUUCCUCCGGAACUGCGGGACUCUGCAGCUUAUUAUUCGCUCACAGCGCAACCGUCAAUGGAUUCUUGGCAACUGGGAAUGACGCUGUACACCUUUUGGUGUGACAAGAUAUCGACAGCGUCGGCCGGAGGCCUCAGCUUUACCGACUGUCGUUCGCAAAUGCCCACAGAAAUACAGGAUCUGAUCUUGGGGUUGACUCAGGCGGACCCGACAACGCGGCUGAUUGCAGAAAACGUGGCGCUAACACACCCCGCAAUGCUACUUCCAAUUUACCCCGACAUCCCUAAUCAGAUAGACACCAACCAGGAUGACGACAUACUACUGGAUACCUUUUGA